AUGGUGUUGAAUCCAUGUAGUACGAAUAUUUCACUGAGUUAUUGUGUUCAUGUAUUGAAUACAUUUCAGACACGACACUCAUCUUACACUCAUCCGUUACACGUGCCUUCUUCUCUCAACCACUUUCAUGGGUCAGCUUCCUUUCCUUUCACCACCACUUUGCUCUCUUUGCUAUUUGCACUCACCUCCUCCACUCCUGGAAAGCCUUUCAAUGCUUUUGCAACUUUUCUUGCACAAGCUUCACAAUGCAUAUCAACCUUAAGUACUAUUUCUUCUGCUGGAGACUCUUCUUCCUUCUUUUUUUUAUUCUUCUUCUCCUUUUCUUCUUUUUUGCUCUCUUUUUUCUUUUCCUCCUCCUCCUUCUUCUUCUCCUAUAACACCAAAACACAAAACCUCAUUUAA